AUGGCAAACGUCCCAGCCCCCGACCUGCGGGAGGACUCAACCUUACCUGCAGCCGAGACCCCCGCGUCUGAGCAACCCAUUGCGCCAACACCUGCAGAGCCCCCACAGAAGCAGCAAGCCGAUCACGACGACGAUGACGAUGAUUCCGAUUUGGACGAAUUGGAUGACGUGCUAGAUGACUUCUCCAAACCCAAGCCUGCACCCGCGCAACCCGCCCCUGCACCGGCAGCCGAGGCCCCAGCAGAUUUCGACGAAGAUGCUUUCCUGAAGCAGCUGGAACAAGACAUGGCGAAUAUGAUGUCGAACCCGGGCGCAAAUCCGUUUGGCGCAGGCGCCGACCCCAACCUCGCUUCGGUGGAAGAAGGUGCUGAUGCCUUCGCUAAAGAGCUUGGGGAGAGCGGGAUCCCACCCGGUGACUUUUUGAAACAAUUGCUUGCCGACGUGAUGGCUGAAGAGAGUGGGAAUAGCGGUGCGGGGUCCGGCGCGAAAGCGGCGCCUAGCAGCACCAAAUCUGCCCCUGCAUCGGCCGAUACUGGAUCUGGUUCUACUGAACAGCCGGAGUCUUUUAAUGAUGCGAUCCAGCGUACGAUGGAGCGGAUGAAGAACUCUGGGGAUCGGGCUACGGAAGCUGCGACUGAAGACGAUGGGUUGUCGGAUGAUAUGCUUGCGCAGCUGCUUAAGGCUGUGGAGGCUGGAGCGGCGGGUGGUGAUGAGGGGGAUUUGUCGAAGAUGUUUAUGGGGAUGAUGGAGCAGUUGUCUAAUAAAGAGAUGCUGUAUGAGCCGAUGAAAGAGCUUGAUGGGAAGUUCGCGCCUUGGCUCGAAAAGAAUAAGGCCGAGGGUAAGGUUCCCGUAGAGGACAUGACUCGGUAUGAGACACAGGCGAAGGUGGUGGGACAGAUUGUGAAGAAGUUUGAGGAGUCAGGAUACUCGGAUGAUGAUCCGAAGUGUCGGGAGUAUGUGUGGGAGCGAAUGCAAGAGAUGCAAGCUGCCGGCAGUCCGCCAGAGGAGCUGAUCUCGAAUCCGCUCAUGGACAUGGGUGAUCUAGGCGGCGCUGGUGCUGCCCCCGGAGGAGUCCCUGAUUGUCCGCAACAAUAG